UGUUGCAGUUGUCUUACCUUCCAGAACACAGAAAUGACUUUUCUUCGGUGGAAGCAGGUGAUGUUCUUCAGGACCCUUUUCUUCCUCGUCGUUGGAACUCUGAUCUGUUUCUUCCUGUGGCAAACUGUCUUUAACAGGCAGACCUCAACUGAUGACAGAAUACCAGAGCAGUACUCUUUGGACCUGCUGGGCUGCUCCGCUAUCAUCACAGGGGAUAUUCAAGGUAAAGAUGCUGACUUUGAAGUUCUCGUGUCCUCAAAGAAAAGACAGCAGUUAUCAGAAUCGUUCUACUUGAACAUAACCAGAGACUGUAAGAGUUAUACUGAAAACAGAGGAUUUAUUACAGAGCCUCUGAGUGAGGAGGAGAACAACUUUCCUCUCGCCUUCUCCAUGGUGAUCCACGAGCAGAUUGAGAUGUUUGAACGACUUCUGCGAGCGAUUUACGCUCCUCAGAACAUCUACUGUGUGCAUGUGGACCAGAAAUCAACUGAAGAUUACAAGAAUGCUGUAAAGGCAAUUAUUUCCUGUUUCCCCAACGUGUUUAUGGCCAGUAAAUUAGAAAGGGUGGUGUAUGCCUCUUGGUCUCGAGUGCAGGCGGACCUGAACUGCAUGAAAGACCUGCUGAGUUCACAGGUCCAGUGGAGGUACCUGCUUAACACCUGUGGAACAGACUUCCCCCUCAAAACCAACAGAGAAAUGGUUCAAGUGCUGAAGACCCUCAAGGGAAGGAACAGUAUGGAAACCGAGGUAACCAACAGCUACAAGAAAGGCCGUUGGGAGUAUCAUCACAAUGUCACCAACACUGUCGAGAGGACAAACGAGAAGAAGAGUCCACCUCCGAUAAGCAGUCCCAUGUUCUCAGGAAAUGCCUACUUUGUGGUCACAAGAGACUUUGUGAGACAUGUGCUGGAGGACAUAGAGGUACAGAAGUUUCUGGAGUGGGAAAAGGACACAUACAGUCCUGAUGAACACAUGUGGGCGACUCUACAGAGGAUGCCAGAUGUACCCGGAUCAGUGCCAGCAAACAGCAAGUACGAUGAAUCUGACAUGCUUGCCAUUGCUCGUGCAGUGAAGUGGAGCUACUUAACAGGCAAUGUGAGAAAUGGAGCCCCGUACCCUCCAUGCACCGGGACUUACAGAAGAGCUAUUUGUGUUUACGGGGCUGGUGACCUUCCAUGGCUCCUGAAACAACACCACUUGUUUGCAAAUAAGUUUGAUCCAGAGAUUGAUGAUGUAGCUAUUAGAUGUUUGGAGUCAUUCCUGCGUUUCAAGGCUCUGAGGUAUGAGUCAUUUACAAAAGAAUAUUUGGAUAAUUUAUAAAGUUUUUACCAAAUGUACAAUGAUAUACUGUACUGAGAACAGGUAGCUCAUGAAAAUCUUGUUUACACUGUGGAUACUAUUGAUAAGUGCUAAACAGGGGCGUAGCACCAAAUUCUGGGCCCUAGGUACGAGCCAUAUUGAAGA